AUGUCUUCUUCAGAAGAUGAGGUAAUGAACAAUGAGGUGGAGGCCGAUGAUGACCUGUUUGGCGAUGAGGACGAGGAGGCACCUGUCGACAAGCCACGCGAAUUGAGUGACGAAGAGCUUGAUUCUGGAGACGACGAGGACAGGGCCGACAGAGAACGCAAAGAAGGCAGCGGUGACAUAGAUGAAGGCCCAUCAAAGGAGUUGCGAAUUUCAGAGCAAACCGUGUGGAGGCAUCCGCUUCCUAAGCCGGUCGAUAACGAGUUCAAUGCCCUACGAUUGCCCAAAUUCCUUGGUAUCGAGCCUCGUGCUUAUACGCCAGAUAGCUUCAAGAUUCCAGUAACCGAUCAUCACUCGGAUAGAAAAUCUGCCGAUUUCUCUGCCGCUGGAACCGCUGCAACCACUAUGCGCUAUCGCAAAGAUCCAUCCACAGGAAAGCUUGAGAGUAAUACAGUUGUGUACAAAUGGAGCGAUGGAAGCACGACGAUUUCCGUGGGUGACCGACACUAUGAGCUUCAAACCAGACCUUUAGCACCGCCAAAGGACGGCAAGCAAUAUCAGGAGGUCCUAGAUUCGCACUCGUACGUUGCAUCGCCAUCAAUGGCUGCGCAGGUGUUGGUUUUAUUUGGGCAUAUGACAAACCAGUAUACUGUAAAGCCAAACAAAGACAUCGAGAACGAGGCCCUUGAGAAGCUCCAGAAGAACCUAGCAGCCGCAGCUCAGAGAGGACACAAGGCCAGCGAUAAGACCGGGCCUGAACUAAUGAGCACCACACAAGAUCCCGAGCUUCAAAGAAAGAGGGCUGAGAUGGCCGAAAAAGAACGGAUGAAAGCUCAACGCCGGCGUGAGGCAGCGGCCGAGAAAGCAACACUAGGGGGCAGGGGACGCGCGGGUGGUUUGACUGUAGAUGACCUUGAGGGCCGGGGCGGUAGAAGAGCUCCCGGGCCUGCUCGGAAAGCUGCUGGUGUUAAACGACCGAGACGCCGCCCAGAAUAUGAUUCAGAUGACGAUCUACCCCGUGGUAGAUACAGGGAGGAUGAGUACGACAAGGAGGAUGAUUUCCUGGCUUCUAGCGACGAAGAACUUGAGGAAGCUGGGGGAGAUGAUGACGAUGAAGAGGAAAUACUCGACGAUGAAAGUGAAAGGGAUGAGCCAAAAGCAAAGAAGCGGAAAUCUUCAAAAGCGGAGGAGGCCAGCGAUGCGGACGCUGAUGCGGAAGCUGAUCUUGAUGACGACGAGUUGCCUUCAGCCCAAGCCGCCACUGAAGCUCCGUCAGGCAGAGGUAGGAAGCGGAACAUAAUUGAGGACGAUGAGGAUGAGGACGAGUGA